AUGGCUAUUACAGCCUCACAGGACCAUGCCCUGGUGGCGACUGAGAGAGUGACCUCUGUGUUUUCUGUUUUUGGAGCCGCAUUCAUCAUUGCGACGUUUCUCUCAGACAGCAAGUUUCGGAAACCCAUCAACCGACUGGUGUUUUAUGCUGCAUGGGGGAACCUGUUUGCCAAUGUGGCGACCCUGAUUGCGAGGUCUGGCAUCAAGCUGGGGGUGACAUCCCCGUUGUGUCAAUUCCAGGGCUUUUUGAUUCACUGGUUCUUGCCUGCUGAUGCGCUAUGGACCUUUGCCAUGGCGUGCAAUGUGUACCUCUCCUUCUUUCGACAGUACGACGCGUCGCAACUCCGAGGCCUGGAGUGGAGAUACCUGGGAGCCUGCUAUGGUGUUCCGUUUGUGCCAGCUUUGGUGUUUUUGUUUGUCAGUUCUGGCGGCAAGGGCAAAGUGUAUGGAGAUGCAGUCCUCUGGUGCUGGGUAUCGACAGAGUGGAAUGCGCUCCGAAUUGCAACAUUUUAUGGACCAGUGUGGCUGAUCAUUCUCGUGACCAUGUUUAUCUACGUCAAGAGCGAGGGCAGAGCCGAUAUUCCGUCCAACGGCUAUGCAAUGAAACAACUGCCGACCUCUCCUGUGUCUCCAAAGACGUACGAGGUCACCAUCAGCAGUCAAGUUCCUCACUCGCAUGCCUCGAACCAGCAACGCCAACUGAGGUCCCCACGGAACACCUACCACGAGGAUGCGCCAUCUACAAACGUAGACCAAACAAACACCAAUGUGGUUGUGGAGAGACCACCAAUUCGAACACUGGACGCGAACAAGGCGACUAUGAGUUAUUGCAAAACGGCCAUGUUGUUCUUCCUUGCUCUCCUCUGCACAUGGGUUCCUUCCACCGUCAACCGAGUGUAUACUCUGGUCUGGCCAGAUGACUCGGUCUUCGGACUCGACUUUGCUUCGGGUCUGGUGCUUCCACUGCAGGGGUUUUGGAAUACCAUCAUCUACAUUGUGACCAGCUUGCCGGCUUGUCAGACGCUUUGGGAGGAGACUCGAACCAAUCUCUUUGGACCUCGAGCUGGUCGUCUAGAUAGAACCACACCAGCACUCGCGCUGUCCAAACACAAUCACCGAGUGCUUGGCUCCCACGACACGAGAGCAAAUGUUACAGUGAGCAAGCAUGGGAGUAAACGGGUUGUGAACUACGGAAACGAGGAGGGGGGUAUGAGACAGGCAAUGAUGAGCUCGGUUCCAAGGUUGCCACAUGCCAGAUGA